UAAUUUAAAACAAUAUAUAUUUAAAUGUAUAAAUGUAUAAAUUCAAAAUAUAAUUAAACCAAAGAAGUUUUACCAUCGUCGAGAUAUGAAUUAUAUCAAAUAUACGGAAUCCGUCUUGGAUAACCAGCCUCAUAACUCCAUUUUGCUCCGUCAACUGGCCCGUCGGUCAACAGUACAAAAAUCUGUCGAUUUGCUUAAUUAUCUAGAGCGUUCUGGUUAUGCCUGGUUAACAACUAUCCGAGGCUAUCGCCAGAAGAAAAAAAUCCAACGAAGAUAUUAUUAUAUUGGAGCAGCUCUCGACAUCAUAGGAAUUAUAUUGCUUAUAAAGUGCUUUUUUAUCGUCUUUUUACAAGAUGAAUACACUCGUUUACUAUUGGGUGAUAUAUUCAUUGGUUCACCAUCUCAUGGAAUACAAAAUAUGGUUUUAGCCAUACUUUUGGUGCUUACGGUAGGAUUGAGAUAUUUCAGUUUUCUGGUCGAACGCCUUGGUAAUGUUAUCAUACUGAGACAAUUUCAUCUGCUGAGAAAAAAACGCUUCGAUUGCGGCACAUUCAUGUUAACACCAGUUGAUUGUUCCCUCCUGAGGCAAGUUUUUUAUCUAUUGGGCUUCUUUUACAAAACGAGCCUUCCACCGUUAAGUUAUGCUAUCACUGGAUGGUUAACUUAUGCCUACUUUAGCAAUCCAUUAAAUCACACCAAUUGGUUGACAUCAAUAACAACAGCUUUCUGGACUAUUUUAGCUGACUUCAUUUAUAUCACUGGUGCAUAUCCAACAGUCUGGAUGUUUGUCCACAAUGCAAUGGUCGUCACUUGCGCCAUAUUUCGCCUCGAAUCUUGUAAUUUCUAUGGCCAGUCACUUAUAAAUGAAACUUGUAAAAUUGAAGAGAAAGCUAUUUACAAAUUAUUGGCUCAACAAAAUCGCAUUUACAAUUUUAUCUAUCAACAUAAUGUUGAUUUGGGUAUGUUGUUUUCUUACGGUUUCCUGAUCGUGUCUUGUGCAGGUAAUUUCAUCCUCUUUGCUGCUAUUUUCAUUGGAACGGGAAGUGAUCUUUUCGAUUAUGCUCUUGUUGGUGUUGGAGCAUUGGCUUUCAAUUCCAUAGCUGUAAUGAAUAUACUUGCUGCUUUUGCUGCCAAUAAAAUUUCAUUGAUCAGAUUGCUUAACUAUAAGAUCGCAAGACGAUGCAAAUUCAAUCGAAACUUAUCUCUCAAGUUAUUGAUGACCUGUGAACGGUUGAAUUUAACCGAAGUUGGAUUCAACCUACGAGGAAUUUUCACCUUGGACUUUGAACACUUUCUUUUGGUAUGAAUUUAUCUAAUUUAAAUUGUAAAUUUGUUGUUUGUCAAAGUUUUGUAGCAAAUAUUAUAUAAAUCUUUAACAAUAGACUGACUAAACAUCAUAAAAUAUUGAUGAGUCUAAUCGAUGAAUUAUGUGAUUUUUUUGUGCACUUUACUUUGAGUUCAGUACCUGACGGAAAAUGCCAGUUUAAUGCUGAUGUUCAUAACAAAUUUUAAUAAAUCAAGCUCUAAUCAACAGUCAAGUGUUCAAGUACAAAAUACUUAAAUCUCAUGUGACAAAUCAGGAAAAUACUUCGACAUCCUGGUGAAAAUUUUAAAUGUCGCUAUUCAUCAUGGAUAUCCUGCUAUUUAAAUGGUGAUCACGCUUAUUUUCUUUGGUGUCAUGAAGUUUCACAUGAAACUCCAAGACCUAGAAAAUAAUGGAAUAAUAUUGCACAAGAAUCAAAAUGAGAACGAGAUGAAAGGACUAUGAACAUAUGCAGUGUUCUUGGAAUCUCAUGUCAUUUCAUGAUCCAAAUAUUUCAAUUUAUUGAAGCAUCAAAAAGCGUCAGGAAUCAGCUUAUAAAUUAUUAUAAACCAUAUCGUCUUUAAACUAAAAAACAAUUUGCUUCACUCUAAAAUGCUUUUGAAUACGGAUUAUUUUUCCUUCCACCCUGAAAAUAAUUUUCGCAAGAAUCUGAAUUCCAAAUGGGGGAUAAUCUUAUAAAAAUUUCUUUGAAAAUGUGGCGGAAAAAAGUGGUGGAAAAAAGUGAUGGACAAUUUAGUGGACAAUUCUGUUGAGACAAUCUUUAAAAAGUGACGAUGUUUGAUUUGGUGGACAAUUCGGUGAAAAGACUGUGAAAAGAUGGUAAGAAAUUGGUGGUGCUAAACCGGUGUCCUCUUUACUCUUUAGUCUUUACCCUUUACUCGGUCAAAUGACAAAGUUUUACAUAAAAUCCUGGUCUUACAAUCAACCAUCAACCUGAAUAACAAAAGUUUUCCCCACUCUCUCAAUGUUAUUGGAUACGGAUUCUACAUUUUUUCCCCAGCCUCUAUUUUCACGAAUUUCUUAUAGAUCUGAAUCCUGAGGUUAGGUUUCCUAUUUUUUUCCUUUUAGUUGAAAGACACUUUACGCUUUUCCUAGAACCCGCUCAGAUUGGUCACAACCUUGACGCAAAAAUUUGAUACAUUGACUUUAUAUAUUGUAUAGAUGUAGAUAUUGAUACAUAAGUUCAAACUAAUGAGAUAUGAAAGUGGAUUUAAUUUAAAGGCUAUGCAUUUAUGCAUAAGAAAACAAUCAAACUCUAGCUAAAUUUGCGUGGUAAAGUUCAUAAACUCAUGAGCUCUCAUCAUAAAACAAUGGUGAAAGCUUAUCAAAUCAAAUAUUCGAUAAAUGAUUUCAUUUAUUAUAAAAUAUUUCUUUGAAUAAUGUUAUCAAUGUAAAGAAGAUUUAUACAAUUAUAAGUCAUAAAUCAAUAAAAAUUAUUAAUUGUAAUGUCUAAACCAAUAGAUCAGUAGUUGCCAUUAAAUACAAUGUAUCAAUGUUACAGGUUAUCAUUAGAAAUGUAUUUCACCCAUUCAGCUCUAGUUAAUUCAGGUUGUCUUGUCUUUCACAAGAGCAAAGAUUGACUUUCAAAUCGUUCAGAUGUCUGUGUUUUGACGCGGGUUUCCAAUUGUGCUGAAUUUUUUGUUAUUAAAAAUUAUUUUAAAUGUGUUCUUAAAAAAUCUGUAUCUAAAUAUCAAUUUUUCUGUGUAAUUCACGAGACUUGUUUGACUUUCAAUAGUUUGUUAAGCACACAAAAUUCAGUUUUUAGUGUUACAGUGAAGUACCAGAUAAUGAAAUUUAAUUUCAGCAACUUUAGCUUAUUUGGAUUUCAUCGAGCUUCAUUUCAUUUCUGAUUUAUGAUUAUUGCGUAGAAUAUAAAGCAAAAAACUGAAGAAAUCAGUUUCAGCUAUUUAUAAUUAUUUCUCAUUAUCAAGCUAACUAUAAUAACCAGUCAGAUCCUUUUCUACACAAACACUACUAUGACUAUUCCAAAUCAUUGAUGCAUCUCGUGCAUGAUGACUUAUUCAAUUGAAAUCGAUUUCUCGAUAAAUCAAAUGGAAAAAAUAAUGCACAAUGAGAUAGAGGGAGAGAGAUCAACGACAUUUGCUGAAACCAUAAUUAAACCAAAGAAGUUUUACCAUCGUCAAGAUAUGAAUUAUAUCAAAUAUUUGGAAUCCGUCUUGGAUGCCCAGCCUCAUAACUCCAUUUUGCUCCGUCAACUGGGCCGUCGAUCUACAGUACAACAAUCUGUCGAUUUGCUUAAUUAUCUAGAACGUUCUGAUUAUGCCUGGUUAACAACUAUCCGAGGCUAUCGCGAGAAAAGUAAAAUAUUAUAUUGGAGCAGUUCUCGACAUCACAGGAAUUAUAUUGCUUAAAAGUGUCAUUGUAUCGUCUUUUUACAAGAUGAAUACAUUUGUUUACUAUUAACACCAGUUGAUUGUUCCCUCCUGAGGCAAGUUUUUUACCUAUUGGGCUUCUUUUACAAAACGAGCCUUCCACCGUUA